UCUCUUUCCCCAUUCCCCCCAGAUCCGGAUCUCUCCUCCCCCCAGGGCCCCGGGUGUCUCUUCUCCUCGGGUCUCGGAUGUGAACUAGCCCCUUUGCGGAGUGGAGGGGGUGUCUCGGACUGAGACUCUCGGCUCUGUAUGAUCCCUGUCCCGUACAAGAUCCAGCCUUCCUGGAAGCGGAUGGACCUCGCCCUUGUCCUCCACCCCACCGCUGCUGAUGGGUGUGGCCCGGCCGCGCUCAUGGACUCUGGACAUUGCGGCGGCGUCAGACUGCGAGUAGACCGGCCGUCCUCACCGAGCGGCCGAAGAAAUCCCGCCAGGUGCGCUUUUCUAUCUUCCGCCUGGUUGGAGAAAGGAGAAGAGAGGACGUCUAGGAAACCAGGGAGUUCUGAAAACCAGGUAGCCUCAGUGAAUGAGUUUGAAUCUGAACAAGGCACCGUUACCUCUGAGGAUCCAGUACUUGGGGAGCUUCCUGUCUGUGAAACUCAUCUGAUAGGAGUUCCAGAGGCUGACCCUGAGUGUAACAAAGGUUGUGAGAAGGGGGACAUUCUAACCAAAAACGCAAAGCAGUUUCCUGCAGGAACCAAGUAUCAGGUAGAAGAGGAAGCAACUGGUGAGUGUGGAUUAAAGGAAGGCAACGAAAUUAUCCUCUCCAGAGACUUACGUAUACUUAGCAAAACUGAGUGUAGUCUGGGAUACGAGGCUCCUAUCUCAAUGCAGGAAGCUGAGAGAAAGGCCUUCAGUGUGGAGAAUGAGGAUUUAGUCAACAAGGGUGGUUCUGCUCCAAGCCUUAAAAAUGGAACCAACUUGCUUUCUCCCACACUGAACCCAAUCACACAGAAUGGCUCAUCUUCUUCCUUUUCAAUCACUCCGUCUGAGAUCAAUUAUAGUGACGAUGCCAUCAUUCAUGCAGAGAAGGUUGCUGUCAUUCAGUGCCAGGAUAUGGGUGAUCAGGACGCUGUAAUGAAUGGAGCAGAUAGUGGGCAUUCUGCAGAGGAAGAGAGCACAGAAGGGGGUGCAAGGUUAACCACCAUAAAGAAAGAAGCCAACUUUGUGCUUCGGAAAUAUGAUGCAGAAAAAAAAACAACAAAACUUUUUUCAGAUGAUGAGGAAAGGAAGUACCAAACGGUGAUCAUUACAGAAACAGCCGCUAUUGCAAGUCUUGAAAAAGAAAGAAGGGAAAUUAUUAAAAACCAAGCAGUGAGAAAGAGCACCACCAUUGCAGAGAAACAGGUUUCAAUAAAGCCAUUAGAAUUGGAAGAGAAACCAUCACUUGAUGUUUCUACUGAGAAGCAUGAGGAGUCACAGCUACAGAUGUCCACCGAAAAUGCCAAUUCAGUUUCUUUUCAUAACGGAUCCCCCAUUUCAGAACCUGAAGGCAUCAAUACUGAGCAAAUAAACUUCACUGCUGCUCGCCAACAAUUCCUCCAGAUGGAGAGGUCAAGGCAGGAAGUUCCAACCUGUCCAAUGCCCUCUGCUCAAUCCCACAGGGUCUUAAGCCAAUGUUCCACACCUUCUGAAUCAACCCAGCCACUUCAGUACAAGGAUGGCAUUACCUUGGACACAAGUCCUGCAAUCAUGGUGAAGGCUGUGAGAGUUGAUUCUGUCCAUGAGGAUGAGAAGGAUGAUGACCAAUCUCCUAAAAGUCCUGUGAGCAGUUUGUUCACUGCUGAGAAGAUUGCAGGUCUGGAAGACAAUGAUAGCGAAAAAAUUGACUCCAUGCAGCAAAAUCUGCUUGCCUGCUCCUCAGUAGAAGACCUUGAUUCCGGAUUAGAAGAGAUGUCCAAUGACUAUAAUUAUGGGUGUACUAGUGAUUGUGCAGCAUCAAAUGAAAUGCUGAAUUUGGAGGCUGAUAACAGUUGUGUGUUUGAAUGUUCUGAGCAGAAAGUCAAGGCUGAAACACCCAUUGAGAAAGAAAUUCGAUUAGCCUUGGAAAGGGAAGAGAUUCUUCGCAAGGAGCGAGGGAUUAGGAAGUCGGUAAGCUCUGAGAAAAUGGUGCAAAUAAAGACUAAGCCUCUCUUAAGCCAAUUACCCCCCACGUCUCCUUUCUCGAAACAUAAGGACAAGAACCGGAUGGUAUUUUUUGUCCAGAGGGAAAUUGAAAUGGACUCGAAGAGGGAAGAGAAAUUGAAAGAAGAAGGUAAAGUCAAAGGCUUGUAUGAUAAAGGAAUACCCCAGGAAGUAGAAGAACGGAAAAAAGUAUUUGAACAGCAAACAGAUGAUGUGCCAGUUGUACCACAGCUAGGCUGGCAGUCCAAGUUAGCCAGCUCAGCUUCCCAGGAUUUUUUGGAUGUGCAUGCUGUUCCAGAAGAAAGCAAUGCAGUACAAACUGACUCACCAGAAUGUAAAGAGUUGGUACAAGAGGAUUCAGAGAACCAGCCGUACACCUUGAGACCAUGGAAGCACCAGACCAGUUUCCUGAUUGAACAAGAAAUUGAGGAAGUACAACGACGGGAAGAGGAGCUACGGUCCCAGAGACUGAGGAAGCAGAGUGCAGGCAGCCUUCCUUCAACAUCAACCUCCGUAUCAGAGUCCGAAAGUUCCCUGGUGCAUCCUGAGUGGACUUCAAGAGCUGGAGCUUUGAACGAAGAUCAAUCCAAAGAUCUCCCAGUGACGCACAGCCAGGAAGGGAGGAACCUGAAACCUCCGGGAAAGAAGGAUGAAUCUUCAUAUGCAGGCAUCGAGCCUUCUGAUGACGUCAAUACUGAGGUACUUGAAUCCACCAGAGUGACUCGCCGGAAAAGUGUAAUGGCACAGCGCUGGGAAGCAGGGAUAUUCAACAAUCAUCAGGAUGAAUGAAGCCAGCCUACACACAGUUAUAUCAUUAUGUACAUAGAUCAUUAUAUAUAUAGAUGGUGUCAUUUUAUAUAUAUAUAUAGAGAUGGUGAAAUUCUGGAAAGCAUUGCCUAUUGCAUAGAAAUGAAGUUCUUUGUAGCACGUUGGAUUGAUUUCUUUCUCUAAGUAACUACAGUUUACUCAGCUGUGACCAGCACACUUCAAGAACAAAGUCCCUUAAGUCCAAGGUCUAAGCUUCUUGCUUCAACCUGCCAAUCCCCUCUAACUCCCUGCUUUUUCGCAUGUAAAUUGGAUGCUACUUUAAUCUUACCCAAUUGCCAAUCUGCAUAGUCUCCGCCAUAAAACACAGAGAAUCCUUUCCAGUGUCUAAUCUCCGAUCUCCAUACUCAAGCCUAAUUUCAUGUUCUUCAUUUACUAACAGUGCCUUGUUAGAUAGAUGUGACGUAUUGGCAUGAGGCCAUUAGGAAACACUGUUCACAGCCAGAUUUUCACCCUGUUCCCAUUACGUCACCAGACAUCUUAGCAAUUUACCUUUAGUUUGGUAAAUUUACAUGAAGCCCUGAAUAUUAUGAAGAGAACAAUGAACCCUUUACUUUUGUUUCCGUAGAUAUCAAUCAACAUUUGCAAGAAAGCAAAUUUAAGCUUGUGUGCCAUUGUUUAAACUAAAUAAUAAAUUUGAAUUUGGAACAAAGUAUGACUGGUGUUGAAAU